GAAGCAGCCUCCUCGCUGGUCUCGUCUUCACGCCCGGGAAUUUCGGAACUAGAUAUCGAGGUCUUCUCCUGUCACAUGUUGGUGCUACGACUUGCUCCUGUCCCUUUCAUACGUCUCCGUUCCGCGCUGUGUCUCCAGAGAACGUUUGGUGUUGGUAUUGAAAAAUUCGCAGGGUCUGCCUCGGGUUCCGAGCACGAGACUUUGGACAUCUUCCAUUCGUUGACUGUGUUGGGCUGGAGGUCGAGAAGCAGUUCUACGGGUUAAUCCCCUGGAAACUGCGAGGGCAUCGUUGGGUUGAUUGCGCAGUGGGCUAGCUAUGGCAGCAGCUGCUUCGCAUAUUUAUCUAGGUCACAACAACUCUAGUGCCCACACUGCUUCCUCCCGUACAAACCAUUCGAACAUCGUAAAUAGACACCCAGAUAGCCCAGUUUCGUCAACUCAUUCGGUAUCCGCCCACCCAGCAAUGGCCCCAACCGCCAUGGCAAAGAAGGCCAAGGGAAAGAAGCCCGCGGAUCCCAGCGAAACAUCAAAGCUCUUGGCAGCCAAAAUAUCCCAACUCGAGCAAGAUGCGGCGGGAGAAAAGGACCAGGAGGCUGAAAUUGAACGAGAAGUUAAAAAAGCUACUCGUGACUUAAAUCAACUCUUGAACAAUAUAGAAUCGCCCAUGACACGCCUUGAGACUGUCCAUAAAAAGUACACUGAACUACUUGCCGAUAUGAAGAAGCUGGAUCGAGAUUAUGCGAAGAGCAAGAAAAGGGCUGAUCAGCUACAGAAGGACCAAGAUAAGGGGAAAUCUGAGCUGAACAAAACUGCUACCAUGAAGGACAAACUUGAAAAGCUGUGUCGAGAAUUGACGAAGGAGAAUAAAAAAGUCAAGGAUGAAAACAAAAGACUUGAAGAGAUAGAGAAGAAAGCUCGUGGGGUCGUGAACGCACGACUCGACUCCCUACUCUUUGACAUUCAGGACUUCGUUACAGCACGGGGUGAUGCUCGUGGAGAAAAAGCCGAUAUCGAUUUGGACGACGCUCUUCGUGCGAAAAUCAAGACCAUUGGGGAAAAGUUUGAAGCGCGAGAACUGCAUUAUAAAGCUCUCCUCCGCAGUAAGGAUGCGGAAAUCCAAAGCUUAACUGCCAAAUACGAAGAACAAAGGCGUGGGGCGGAAAGCGAAGCGCACAGAUGCCGUGCUUUGAGUAGCCAAGUCUCGACGUUUUCACAAACUGAAGCUGAGCUAAGAAGCCAACUCAACAUCUAUGUCGAAAAAUUCAAACAAGUUGAAGAUACGCUAAAUAAUAGCAACGAACUGUUUUUAACCUUCCGCAAAGAAAUGGAGGAAAUGGCAAAGAAGACCAAGCGACUGGAAAAAGAAAACAUGACACUAACUCGGAAACAUGAACAGACGAACCGUAACAUUUUAGAGAUGGCGGAAGAACGAACUCGAAAUAACGAAGAGCUCGAAAGAUGGCGCAAAAAGAGCAACAACCUUGAAGCUCUCUGUCGACGUAUGCAAGAGCAGGGAAGAGGCCAAGCCCUUGCCGGUGAGCUUGAUGCGGUAGAUGAUGAAGGAACAGAAAGUGAAUACGAUGAUGAAUAUGAAGAUGAAGAGGACGAUGAAAACUCGAGUGACGAGGGAGUAUAUGAGGAACAUCAUCACCACCAUCACCACCACCACCACCAGCAUAAUGGGGAACAUCAAAAUUCACCAGCGAUAAACCGAGCUCCGGACGGCAAACCGUUUUUUGGACCACCGCCACCACCAGCACUUGUGGAGACAAAAUCUAAUGGGCAUCGUGGUGUUGUAAAUGGGUACAGGCAUUAGAGGGAUGAAACAAAUCACAAAUCACGGGAAAAAAAAUUUGAAAAAAAAUCGAUG